AUGUUUCAACCUUAAUUUAUUACUUAACGCACAUCUGAGGGAGGUAGAAAUAAUAAAUAUUUUAGAUUGGAAGCUAUUUAAGGACCAUGCAUACUCGGAUGAUUCAGAAGUUGUUGAAUGCCAUUUUGAUUAUAAAUUUUUUGGGGGAAACCAAUAAAUGGGGUUAUUGAAAACAUUUUAUCUUCCUCCUCAUUAUAAAUUGCGUCUAAAAUUUCGAAUGUUCUUUUCAAAUCAAAUUGAUAUUCAGAUGUCGACAAUUUUUAGAUGA